AUGGAAUGGGAUGAGGAGAAACCAGUGGUCACAAUCAGUGCGCGUGAGUUGCCAUCUACAGCGAUGGAGGGAUCAUCUGCACCGCAAUGCCAUUAUGACGUGCUGACUGCCGUCAACGGACUUCAUCUUCAAGUGGCAAAUGUCGGCGAACCAGUUGUCCAUAAGUGGACAUGUAGUUCAGGAGGAUAUGGUUUCCUGGUACACUCAUGCGUGGUUCGCGAUCAGAGCGCAAACGAGUACAAGCUCGUCGACGAAAGAGGCUGUGUUCUUGAGAAGAGCCUCGUUCCCGAUAUCACUUACGCAUCUGAUCUGUCCUAUGCUUACACAACUAUCAAUGCUUUCAGAUUCGCGGAGCAGAUAGUGGUUCAUUUCGCCUGCCAAAUAACGCUAUGUCAAAAGCAAGAUCAGGGAUGUGAAGGCAUAGCAGUGAGUUGCGCAUGUUUUUGUUAUAUUUGA